AUGGCCCACUCACUGACGUGGAAGGUCCUAGGCCCUGAGGAGACGCAAAAGUGUCUCGCGGCGCCUGAUGUGCCCUCAAUUCGCUCGGUGCUGAAGGCAUUUGACGAGUCCUGUGACGGGCAGUUCAUCGGUGCAUCAAACUACAACGAGGGACAAGUGAUGAUUCUUCUUGACAUGCUUGCCCACCUUGUUCUUUUCUGCAAGUCGCAUUGCAUGUCAGCAGAAAAGGUCAGCACGCUCGUUGGCAUCGCCAGCAAGCUUCAUAAAGAGAGCAUGUCAGGUGGGUACACACGGGCUCAGUCGUAUCAUCGGAUGCAGGAUCUCAUGAUACAGCACAGCGUUCCACGUCCACCGUUUUCUUGCGGUGUCUUUACCGUACGAGACGCACAAGCUAUUGAUGAGUACAUGCUGCAGUCGUAUUACCGCCACUACAAGAUGUACGUUUAUGCCUUUGUGCCGCGACAGGUGGCGAAUGUCCGCUGCCUAGAUGUGAGUCAUAUACAUCAAAUACCGCCAGUUGGCCUGCCGUCGCUAGUCACAGCCAUUGGCGAUAAUGAGUGGCGGUCCAAAGUGGAGGAGCAGCGGCGCGGCGCUGAAGCGCAGACAAUAGAGGAGGAAGAAGUUGCCUCGGAUGCAUACGAGCAGGAGAGGCUACGGCAGCGGUUGCUUACCGACCCCCAUUAUAGUGACGGUAUCCGGGAGCAGCUCGAGAGCAUCAAGAAGGAUGUGACGUCCAAGGCAGUUGACCGCCUGGAUGAGAUCGAGGCAAGGCUGCUGGAGAUUGAGAAGAAAGUGAUGGAAGCCACUGCGCCAGAUACCAAGGAGGGAAAACGUAAGAAAUGA